GACAAUAGGGCAGGGUAGAUCCGAUUCCAUUUGGCAGUUUCAGACGCGGUACCUCAGUCUCCAAGAUUCGGCUACUCCGAUUUUUGCUACCACCUUGAGCUGGGAAUAUCACCAGGGAAAGCACAGUCGUAACCGUAUCGCUGCAGUGUGUAAUCCUGUGGUGCUCAGCUUGUGUGCAUUUUGUUAGGGUUUUCGCAAUAGCAACAGCUUCUCACUGGCUCGUCACCUGCUUAAGAUUCGGUAUGAUUCGCGGGCGGAAUUUACUCAGUCCAGGUGUCUAAUGCCCAGGGUCGCCUUCGUCUCUGAGGUCUCAGAUCCACUUCAAUUGCCUCUGCACAUGAUUUGACGAUCGGAACAUUCUGCAGUAGAGUGACGAAGCAAGGUGCAGCGCUUGCAAGUUAGGGGUUAGAAAUGGGAGGAAAUUCAUCGACAUGCGCGGAUCCGCUUCAAGGACAGGGAAAGAGCGAUGGCGAAAAUGCUCUCACAGAGAAGAGUGGAUCUUCCAGGUGGAGACGGGGCGGAAAAAGUGGAAGCGUUCAUCAUCGACCGCUCACGAAGGACCAAUUCAGCGGAAUUGCAAAAAUCCAGAUAGUUUCUGCACAUAUGGGUUUCAAGGACAGGUGGCUUGUGUGUGUAUCUCUCGGAGAACAAACGUUCCGAACAGCGACCUCUGUCAACACGGACAAGCCUGAAUGGAAAUCAGAGAGAAGCGUGGUGUUGGAACACAAUGGUCCUCGAAUUGUUAGGAUAUCUGUUUUUGAGACUAAUAGAACCAGCAAGAACACCCUCGUUGGUUACUGCGAGUUCGACCUUUCAGAUAUUUUUACAUCUGACAAAGAGCAUAUAAAUGAGGUCCAUGAUUUGUACGAUCCAAAUUACACCUCAAAAACUGUUGGAAAAAUCACAUUGAGUUAUAGUGCAGAGUCUAGAGAAGAAACGGAAAUGCACUUUGCGCGACGGCUACUUGCCAUAGUGGACUAUGAUGACAGCGGAGAGUUGUCAUUCAAAGAGUUUCGAGCGCUAAUUAAAGCUUUCGGAAAUUCUUUGUCAGAUGCCCAGCUUAAUGAACUCUUCAAUCAUGCCGAUGUAGAUAAAGACGGGAAAGUGAAUGCUGAUGAACUGGCUGCUCUUUUGGUCAAGAGUGAUGUGGGGACAUUCCGUGUGAAAGCCUGUCCUGUUUGUGGAGAAAAACUUGGUAGCGCUGAUUUGCUCAAUGAUAUGAUCCACAUGAGUCUGUGCUUCGACGAAGGCACUGGCAAGCAAAUUAUGACUGGUGGCUUUUUGACAGAAAAGCAGGCUGCUCAUGGAUGGAUGUUCAAAUUGAGUGAAUGGGCUAGCUUCCAAUCCUACGACGUUGGCCGUGCAAACGCCGGACACAUUCUGGUUUUCGAUCGCAAGUCAAAACGACUAGUAGAAGAGUGGAUUGACAAUAAGAUCGUCCUUGCUAUGCGGUCACUUUAUCAGUCCAAAUUGGGUUUGGCCUUGAUUGAUAUUGGCACCAAGAACAUGCUUCAAAGUAUCUCAGAGAAACAGGGCAUACGCAUGAGUACAGCUGAAUCCAAGGAAGAUAUCCCCGCGUUCAUCGAGUAUUUCAAAGAUCGUAUAAUUGUUGAUGAAAUCAAAGAACCUAUGGAGUAUUUCCAGACCUUCAACCAAUUUUUUAUCAGGGAGUUAAAGCCAGGAGUGCGAUCUAUUGCGUAUGAAGACAAUGCUUUAGUUGCGGUAUCUGCUGCUGACUCUCGUUUGAUGGCCUUUAGCAGUCCCGAUGAUGCCACUCGAUUCUGGAUUAAGGGUCGCAAGUUUUCAGUGAAAGGCCUUCUAACUGAGAACACCUAUCAGGACUUUGAGGGUGGUCCUAUGGUUAUCUUUCGUCUAGCACCUCAGGAUUACCAUCGUUUUCAUUCUCCAGUUACUGGUAGGAUUUUGAGAGUGGAUGAUGUACCCGGAAUGCUGUACACGGUGAACCCCAUAGCUGUUACCAGCAAAUAUUGCAAUGUGUUUACUGAGAACAAGCGAGCAAUCUGCCUCAUCCAAACGGAGGAAUUCGGCAAGGUGGCAUUUGUCGCAAUUGGUGCUACUAUGGUGGGCACAAUCACGUGGUCUAAGAAAGAAGGGGAUCAUGUCAAGAAGGGAGAAGAGAUGGGCUACUUCUCAUUUGGAGGCAGCACAGUAAUUUGUGUCUUUCAAAAGGGGCGCAUUGAUCUGGAUGAAGACCUGCUGGCAAAUAGUAAGAGAAGCCUAGAGACUCUGGUGUUCAUGGGUAUGACAAUUGGGGUUGUAAGUGGUCACACUUACGAGGCGAUGGAGCAUAGGAAACGACCAACCAUUACAGAUAGUGUUGCAGGGCAAGACAAUGAAGAUGCUAAGGGAUUUCAAAUAACUGAUAGCAUCAAUGUGCGCUUAGGCCAUUUGGGUUUUGAAGAUGAAUCAAAAGAAGCACAGUAAAUGCCUCUUGCAGGGGCGCAUUGAUCUUUCAUCUUAUAGAAUUGUCUGUUGGUGAAUUUAUCGUCAUGGUCAGGAGGUUAGAAGUUCCACCUGUUUUUCUACGAUACGUAAUGUAUUCCCCUGCGCAGAUUGUGUUGGCAAUUUAUUUUUUUUCAAAUUGGAAAUAAGCAACUCACUGCCACAUCUUUAACCGUUA